UGGUUAACUAGUUCCUGGUUCACGCAAAUGGUCACUGCGAACCAAACGCAUUCGCUGUAAAUUAAUUCGGUAGAAAAAUAAGUAAAAUAAAUAGAAAUUUAUUAUUUUGUGCAUUUAAUUUAGUUUGCACGUUAACAACUUAAGAACACAGAUACUUGGGUAAGUUCCAUGUUGGUGCACAAAGUAAAUGAAAGGUGAAAUUUUAUGCGCAUUUGGACACCUUUGUCAACGCUUAUUUGCGCAAAAUAAUAAGUUCAAGUGUUUAUUGUUGUUGGUGGGCCAGCACACACAAAUACAUAGAGAAGUUGGCUCCCUUGGCGUUGACAGAACAAGAACCAGUGGAAAACGCAAAGCACAACAACAACAGUAGCAGCACCAAGUAACAGAAAAGUAAUAAAAACAACAACAACGUUUGCGCCAGUGAUCACAGCGAAAUGGCUAAUACAAAUAUGAUUACAAGCAAUCAUAACAGUAGCAGCAACAGCAACACCACCGCCUACACUUACAACAAUUACAACAGUGUUAGUGCUGACAGCGGUAACAGCAGUGGCAGCAACGGUGGCGGCGGCAGCGAGGUGCAAACGCUUCGAGAAGUUUGUAGCAUGCUCAACACAGGCGCUCCGAGCAGCUAUAUGAUACCAACAGGUGGUUGUGUGUAUGAUCACAUUAUAACGAUGAUGCGCGGCCUUAACCUGCAGGACGACGGCAUUGUCCUUAACAACAAAAUCAAGGCUAUCGAAACCGAUUUCUGCAACAUUGUGCGAGACGAGUCGAUGCUAUGUGAAUCCAUGGAGUACAUGAAUAACAAAGCCCUAUUGGAUGCUGAGACAGCCCUGAAGUUUGCCUUAUUGUUCUCCUCGCGCAAUUUCGACGCCCUGGCUAUGAACGAGACAAAAGUGCGCAGCGCCAUGCUAAAGAUCCUGGAGACGAACUACAUCAAUGCCGAUGCAUAUCGCCAGCACGAUAAGAAUCGAUUGUACAACUCUAUAACGCUGCUGGGCGAGUACUAUAAUCGAGUUCGUCUUGCGAACAAUGCUCCAAUCACAAUUCUGGGCGAUUCACUCCUCACUUUAUUAACGCGCGAAAUCAACGAUGUUUCAGUGGUGAUGAGCACUCGCCUAGCCCGGUUAGUGCUCUCCCAGAUCACACUCAAUGGUGAAAUAAUGCGCACGCGCCACAAGACAGAAAUCGAUCAGCUAUUGUACCAUGUUAGGCGACAUCUGAUCAUGCAGCCAGCGCUGACAGACAAAGUAAAGGCGAUGCUGCUAAUGGUGCUUGACUUGUUCUAUAGCCAUUUCAAGAAUGUCGGCCAAGAGCUGGAAGCCAUGUACACAAACUAUUUGGCCAUCGAUGAGGACGAGGAUGAUGGCUUCAAUAAUAACAACAACAACAACAGCAACAACAAGAACAACAGCAGCAACAACAACAGCAAUGGAGCCGAUAUACAGCCACAGACAGACUCUUUCAGCGGACAAAGUGCGGCCACCUGUUACAGCGACGAGGAGAACGGCAGCAGUGCUAACACCUCGGCCCAGGAGGUGCCCAAGAAAUGGAGCGAGCAGGUCUGUGAAGAUUCACUAUGUGACAUUGUUUAUGGCGAGACACCGGCCAAUGGCGAUGAGCAGCAUAAGUUAUACGAUAGCGCUGGCAAUACCUAUGAAGGUUGUGAACUGCCCAGUUCCAGCCGCCAAGCCCGUCGUGGCUAUCAGCCCCGACAUGUGCCACGUCCCUUAAAGCAGGCCCAAGCUCAGACGGCAAAUGCAGACAAUGUCAACUCCGAUCAGUAUGCAUCUAUGGCCAGCAGCGAGGAUCGCGAUGAGUCAAAGCCGCUACCAAGCUGGCGUAAGACACGUUUCAAUCGUGGCAAUGACGGCGAUCAGUCGAAUGGCCGUUCCCGUCACGAUCAACAGCGUCGCUAUAGCGUUAGCUGCGAUGACGAUCAUCAGAGUGUGCGGAGCGAGGGUGGCGGUGGUAAUUUGCGUUUGUACAGCAUAGAUGAUCGUAGAAAGCAUUCGGAGGAACGCUACGAGCGCAAUCUGGGCGGCGGAAGCAAUUACAAUAAUAUUGUGAACUCCAAUUGGGAUCAGCGCGAUGACCGAAGCGAACGUUCCUACAUAAGUAAUUAUGAGCGUGGAAAUAGCUACAAACGCGGCGGACGCUAUAACAAUCACAAUCGCAACACGUACGACAAACCGCCUCGUUUCCAGAAGCAGCAGCAGCAGCAACAGCAAAGUCAACAGCAGCAGCAGCAACAACAACAACAGCAUAAGAUCCACAGUGAAACUUGGCGUCGCUCAAAUACAGCCAUUAAUAAUGCAUAUCAGGAUGAGAAUUGUGCUUACAAUUCGAAUGGACCAGAGUCGAACAGUCGCAGCUCUUCGCGUGCACGGACGCUGCCACGUCCGCCCAAAUCUCAAAUGGACGAUGGUGGAAGGAAGUCAAACUCGAGCUAUCGUUACAACCAGAGCCCAGCGCGUGGCGCUGGAGGCGCACCGCGCAAUUUUCCGCGAUACAGCAGUCAGAGCAGCUUAGCCAGCGAAGCAUCGAGCACUUUUGAUCGUCGCCAGCAAUCGUCACGUCCACAGCAUCCACAUCAAAAUCAGCAUCAGCAUCAACCGCAACGUCAUCGCAAUUUUACGCGUCGUUCACAGCCUAACAUACACCAGCCGCAGGAACCAAAUCCGCAACAACAACACCAACAGCAGCAGCAGCAGCAGAAACCACAAUCGAAUGUUGACAACUGGCAUGGGGAUGCUGACAAAGACGAGAGUGAGCUGGUGCGCAACGCUCAGCAGACAACACGAUAUAUGAACUAUCUAUCCUCACAGAAAUGAGAACGACGAGCACGCUGCAAAAGAGCUCAACAGCCACAGCAGCGUGGUCGUCAUCGUCGCAUCACCAGAAACUACAAAUGCAUGGAGUGAUUACAAAAACAAACAACAAAAUAAGCA